GAGGGAGUAUAUCCUCAUUUUAUCUGUUUCGUCAGUUAUCUCGUGUAUUUCAUUUUGUGUUGGUCAAAUUUCAUCUCAUCUCUCUUCUGAGAGGUGAUAUUUAUCCUUGUAUGACCUUUUUUCAUCUGUUAGAACGUUCAAUUCUUACUUCAGUGUCCAUUCUAUCUCAUCACAGCGAUUCGAGGUGUCAUUAAUACUCAUACCAUACAAUCCCCUCGGUUCAUUUCUCCAACAUUAAAGCAUCUUCUUCACUGCACCCAUUGAUAUCAUCCGAGUCUUUCGAAUCUCUAAUUUGGCAAUCAUGAAGUCUGAAGUUUCUUCUGAAAUCAAGCAGAAAGCUACCGGUAACAUGGCUGGUGCAAGGCCUGUACAUCUGUCCUGUGGAUCUCGCACUUUGAUUGCGCCUUCCUCCUCUUCAGCCACAACCUCUUCGACUAUUUCUGGAGUUAAGCGUAAAGGCUCAUCAGAUUUGUGGGGAGAAAUUCCUACAGGAACUCCCCGAAGAAAUUAUCCAAGUAUCACAGCUACAGAUAACCCUUCUACAAUCUGCUCAAGGAACUCAGAACUCUUCUCGGAUUUGAGUGAUAAUUCCAUUGCCACCUCGGGCUCAUCCGGCGAGAGAUUUGAGAGUUGCCAUUCUCACGCCUCAAAGAUCGGUACCACAAGAGUCAAUGCUCCUCAUUCCCGAAAAAAACCCGCAAAAGAUCUGUACAUUAAGAUGGUAAUGGGUCCACAAGCAAACAUAGUUGUUGGUCCUGAGAAGAAGUCCUUCGCUCUACCAAUAGAUCUUCUCUCGUAUUAUUCUCCGGUCUUUGAAAGAGCUUUAUAUGGAAGCUUCAUAGAAGUCCAGACACAAAUCAUGGAGCUUCCAGAAGACGAUGUGGAAAAUUUCGAGAUUCUAGUAGACUAUAUUUUCCACCACAGUGUUGUUGACAAACUCUCUAUCUCGAAAAAUGGACCACAUGUCGCUGAACGUUGUAUUUCCUUCUUAAAGUACGCAGACCUGUACGAUCUCGGAGAUGUCAGCACCUUGGUAUACGACGCACUUCGGUCAGCCUUGAUAGAUGGUGGUCCAUCGGCUUUCAAAUCCAGCUUUAUAGAAGUUGUCUUCUCACUCACAAAAGAUGGUAGUUGCUUGCGAGCGCUAAUGGCCGACGCCGCACUGUCAUUCCAAGGGGAGUAUUUGGAGAGUCAUCCAAACAGUGUGAAGAUUAGUUUUGCGAAGCAGGAAGCUGAGGUUGAGGGCUUUGGGCUGGCUCUUUAUCGUCAACUUAAGAAACCUGGCGUUGUGUGUGUAUAUGAAUCUCCUUUCGACCCCAGAAAUUAUAAAGAUUUUGAUUGAAUGGGGUGAAACUUAGAUAUGAAGAGCAGAACUGAUCUUAAUAGAUUGGAUGUCUUUGUUGCUUUUGAGUUGACGGGUGUCAGUCUGAGAAUUUCUUGUACUGUUUAACUUCUCUAUACUUGCUUAAGAAGAAUAGGUACCAUGGGUCUAUUCAUUCUAACGAUUAAGGACUGGAAGGAAUUGAGAGCAGGCUUAGCUACAUUACUGCAUUCGCUCAAAAAACGGUUUCAUUAAACCCAUCAUAAGUCUACCCUGCUUCUGAUAAGUUUUUAAACAUAAGAUACAGUCGAAUUCUGAUACACGGCAGUACUAGGCUUGCAGAGCUUUCAGUCUAAACAAAUUCAAAGACUUAAUCCAACUCGCA